AAAAUCUCCCUCUCUUUUUCUCUCUCUCUCUCUCGGAAAACAAAGAGCAAUUAUCUACUGCAACGAAGAUGAUCGCUACUCUCAAAGCUGAAGAAGCAAGCCAGCUGCAGCUGGUGGAGCGAGAAGAUAUCGAUGACGAAGACGAUCUGUUUGAAGCCAUCGACAAAUUGAUAUCUGCAGGAAUCAAUGCCGGAGACGUGAAGAAGCUUCAAGAUGCAGGAAUCUACACCUGCAACGGCUUGAUGAUGCACACUAAGAAGCACUUGACUGGAAUCAAAGGUUUAUCUGAAGCUAAGGUUGAUAAGAUCUGUGAAGCUGCUGAGAAAAUAGUGAAUUAUGGUUAUAUCACUGGAAGCGAUGCUUUACUAAGAAGAAAAUCCGUGAUUCGCAUCACAACUGGAAGCCAAGCCCUUGAUGAACUCUUAGGGGGUGGCAUAGAAACUCUGGCUAUCACAGAAGCUUUUGGAGAAUUUAGGUCUGGCAAAACACAGCUGGCACAUACUCUAUGUGUUUCUACACAGCUCCCUACAAAUAUGCGAGGUGGGAAUGGGAAAGUGGCUUACAUUGAUACUGAAGGAACUUUCCGGCCUGAUAGAAUUAUACCCAUAGCCGAAAGAUUUGGGAUGGACCCAGGAGCUGUCCUUGACAAUAUCGUUUAUGCUCGUGCGUACACAUAUGAGCAUCAGUACAACCUGCUUCUUGGUUUGGCAGCAAAAAUGUCUGAAGAACCAUUCAGACUUCUGAUUGUGGAUUCUGUCAUUGCUCUAUUUCGAGUGGAUUUCACUGGGAGAGGAGAACUGGCAGAGCGCCAGCAAAAAUUGGCUCAGAUGCUCUCCCGAUUAACAAAAAUAGCUGAAGAAUUCAAUGUUGCAGUCUACAUGACUAACCAAGUUAUCGCCGACCCUGGUGGUGGAGUGUUCAUAUCAGAUCCAAAGAAACCAGCCGGAGGGCACGUGCUUGCCCACGCAGCCACAAUAAGGUUGAUGUUCAGGAAAGGCAAAGGUGAACAGCGGGUCUGCAAGGUGUUUGACGCCCCAAAUCUUCCUGAAGCUGAAGCAGUCUUUCAGAUAACGCCAGGGGGCAUUGCAGAUGCAAAGGACUAAACUUAGAGGUGAGACCAAGAUUGCUCUCUACACCAGACAGGGCAAAGUAAUGUACUGACAUUUUCUUACUAUCGACAAAACAGUUUUUUUGAUUGACUGUUUAUAGUCCCUCCUUUAGAACUUUAAGUAGCAGGAAAGGAUUUGCCUUUCCUUGUAUAAUCUACCCAUACACUGAGUUCUUUUAUAUGUGCGGACAAGAUGGAAUACCUAGCAAAGUUUUCCUUU